UAUCAGCAGAAUUCAGUCGGUACCAAUAAAAGUUCGGUACCCAUCCCUACAGGUGACCCUGCUGGACCAAUCAGAGUCUCUCCCUCUCUCCUCAGGUGUACUUCCUGUGUCAGCAGCAGCUUUCCCUGCCUCUGGUGUAAAUUUCGCCACAUCUGCACCAACAACCUGAAGGACUGCUCCUUCCAGGAGGGCCGGGUCAGCAGCAUGGAGGGCUGUCCCCAGAUCCUCCCCACCGCUGACAUCCUGGUUCCGGCUGGGAUGGUGCGUCCGAUCACGCUCCGGGCCCGGAACCUGCCGCAGCCACAGUCGGGUCAGAAGAACUACGAGUGCGUGUUCAGCAUCCAGGGCAAGGUGCAGCGCAUCCCCGCCGUGCGCUUCAACUCCUCCUGCAUCCAGUGCCAGAACACCUCGUACUGGUACGAAGGAGAUGAGGCCGGAGACCUCCAGGUGGACUUCUCCAUCGUCUGGGACGAAAACUUCCUGAUUGACAAGCCCACCUUCAUGAAAGCUUUGCUGUAUAAGUGUGAAGCGCAGCGCUCCAGCUGUGGCCAGUGCCUCAAAGCGCCCCCUGUGUUCGAGUGCGGGUGGUGCGUGGAGAGCAGGAAGUGUCUCCUGCGGCAGCACUGCCCCUCGCCGGAGCAGAACUGGAUGCACCACGGCCGCCACAACCUGCGCUGCAGCCAUCCGCGCAUCACCAAGAUCGACCCGCUGACCGGACCCCGCGAGGGCGGCACCCGCGUCGCCAUUGAGGGCGAGAACCUGGGUCUGCAGGUCAAGGAGAUCACGCACAUCCAGGUGGCCGGCGUCCGCUGCAACCCGGUGCCGUCGCUGUACGUCAGCGCUGAGAGGAUCGUGUGCGACAUGGCCGAAGCCCUGCUGCCCCACUCGCCCGGCGGGCCGGUGGAGCUCUGCAUCGGCGUGUGCAGCGCCGAGUACCGGACCCUGUCCACCCAGACCUACUCCUUCGUGAGCCCAAGCUUCACCCGGAUCCGCCCCCUGAUGGGGCCCGUCUCCGGAGGAACCCGGCUGACGGUGAUCGGGCGACACCUGGACUCCGGCAGCGGCGUCUCUGUGUUUGUCCACAAGGAGGAGUGUCUGUUUGUGAAGCGCACCAAUCGGGAGAUAGUCUGCAUAACACCCGCCUCGCCAACCGGCGCCGGCCUUGCCCCCGUGCGCCUGAUGAUCGACCGGGCCGAGGUGACCAACACCGAGGUCAGCUACAGCUACAGCGAGGACCCAACCAUCUCCGGCAUCGAGCCCAACUGGACCAUCCUCAAUGGCAGCACGCUGAUCACGGUGACCGGAACCAACCUGCAGACCAUCCAGGAGCCAAAGGUCAGGGCCAAGUACGGCGGCGUGGAGACCAGCAACUACUGCACCGUGGUCAACAACAGCACCAUGACCUGCCUGGCUCCCGGCCUCGUCUACAACAAGCCUGACCCGCCAGAGGGGGCGCUGCGGCCCGAUGAGUUCGGCUUCAUCUUGGACCAGGUGUCGUCUCUGCUGGUCCUGAACUCCACCCCUUUUACCCACUACCCCAACCCGACCUUCGACCCGCUCGGCCCCGCCGGGAUCCUGGAGGUCAAGCCGGGUUCCCCCAUCAUUCUGAAGGGGAAGAACCUGAUCCCGGCGGCGCCCGGCAACGCCCGGCUGAACUACACCGUCCUCAUCGGAGAAUCGCCCUGCCUGCUCACCGUCUCUGAGAACCAGCUGCUCUGCGACUCGCCGGACCUGACCGGGGAGCAGCGGGUCGCGAUCCAGGUGGGCGGUCUGGAGUACUUCCCGGGGAUUCUCCACAUUUACUCCGACAACACGCUGACGCUGCCCGCCAUCAUCGGCAUCGGCGCGGGCGGCGGCGUUCUGCUCAUCGCCAUCAUCGCCGUGCUCAUCGCCUACAAGAGGAAGACCCGAGACGCCGACCGGACGCUGAAGCGCCUGCAGCUGCAGAUGGACAACUUGGAGAGCCGGGUGGCGCUAGAGUGCAAAGAAGCCUUCGCCGAGCUGCAGACUGACAUCCAGGAGCUGACCAACGACAUGGACGGAGUCAAGAUCCCCUUCCUGGAGUAUCGGACCUACACCAUGAGGGUCAUGUUCCCCGGCAUAGAGGAGCACCCGGUGCUCAAGGAGCUCGAUUCUCCUGCCAACGUGGAGAAAGCUCUGCGUCUCUUCAGCCAGCUGCUCAACAACAAGAUGUUCCUGCUCAGCUUCAUCCACACGCUGGAGGCCCAGAGGUCCUUCUCCAUGCGGGACCGAGGGAACGUCGCCUCCCUGCUGAUGGCCGCUCUGCAGGGUCGGAUGGAGUACGCCACGGUGGUGCUGAAGCAGCUGCUGGCGGAUCUGAUAGAGAAGAACCUGGAGAACCGGAACCACCCCAAGCUGCUCCUCAGGAGAACAGAGUCUGUUGCUGAGAAGAUGCUGACCAACUGGUUCACCUUCCUGCUGCAUCGCUUCCUGAAGGAGUGCGCCGGGGAGCCGCUCUUCAUGCUCUACUGCGCCAUCAAGCAGCAGAUGGAGAAAGGGCCGAUCGACGCCAUCACCGGAGAGGCGCGCUACUCUCUGAGCGAAGACAAGCUGAUCCGGCAGCAGAUUGACUACAAGCAGCUGACGCUGAUGUGCAUCCCUCCGGAGGGCGAAGCCGGAACCGAGGUGCCGGUGAAGGUUCUGAACUGUGACACAGUGACCCAGGUCAAAGACAAGCUGCUGGACGCCGUCUACAAAGGAAUCCCGUUCUCCCAGCGGCCGCAGGCUGACGACAUGGACCUCGAGUGGCGGCAGGGCCGACUGACCCGGAUUAUCCUACAGGAUGAAGACGUGACGACCAAGAUAGAGAGCGACUGGAAAAGGCUGAACACGUUGGCUCACUACCAGGUAACAGAUGGUUCCCUGGUGGCGCUGGUCCAGAAGCAGGUUUCUGCCUACAACAUCGCCAACUCCUUCACCUUCACCAGAUCCCUCAGCAGAUACGAGUCCUUACUGCGGACGUCCAGCAGUCCCGACAGCCUGAGAUCCAGAGCUCCAAUGAUCACCCCAGACCAGGAGACAGGAACUAAACUUUGGCACCUGGUGAAGAACCAUGAGCACAGCGACCAGAGAGAAGGAGACCGGGGCAGCAAGAUGGUCUCUGAGAUCUACCUGACCAGACUGCUGGCCACCAAGGUAACGCCUUAAAACAGACUGCUGGCCACCAAGAGUUCUUGGCUCUUUUGCAG